AUGCUUGUGUUCGGCGCCAUUGUCAUUGUUGCCACUGCUCUUCUAGCGACCUUUGUUCUUCGGUGGUUGCGGCCCAAAGAAUUGGAGAUCAAGGGCAAACACGUGUGCAUCACUGGGGGUUCUGAAGGAAUCGGAUUGAGUUUGGCACAGGAAUGCGUAAGAAAAGGUGCUUUUGCCGUUACACUUAUCGCAAGAAGUCCGAAGAAAUUGGAGGUGGCAGUGGAGCAGCUCUCGACUACAGCCGGUCCCUAUGAGUGCCGUUCUGCAAGCGACUCGGAAUCGAAUUCCUCGUGUGUCGUUAGAGCGUUUUCAUGUGAUGUCACUGACGCUCAAAGUGUGACGAAGCUGUUCAAGAUUGUGAAUGAAACUUCUCUGGAUGUUUUCUCGAAGGAUUCUGAAGGGCAAGAGGCGCUUGCUGCAGCGAAAUCUGCAGGUCUGGUUGCAAUAAGAACGACAGACGGAAAAUGUGUUCCAACCAAAAUUCGUCCGAUUGAUAUUUUGAUCAACUGUGCUGGGACAUGCGUUUGUGAUGAAUUCGACUCUCUAGAGCCGCAAGAAUUGGAAAUUCAAUUGCGACUGAAUGUGUGCGGAACGAUGUAUCCAUGUCAAGAAUUGAUGAAAUUCGUUCAACGUGAAGAAGAUGCGGGCGAGCAUCCGAAGAGAGUGAUCGUCUUGUUGGGUUCACUUGCGUCUCAGCUUAAUAUUUACGGGUUUGUUGCUUAUGGAGCGUCAAAGUUUGCUAUACGAGGAAUUUGGGAGGCUUUAACGAUGGAAUGUGACCCUCUGAACAUUAGAAUCGUUUGUGCAUUCCCUCCAAAUACAGACACUCCCGGAUUUGAGAUCGAAAACCGCCGCAAACCAGAAAUCACAAAGAUCAUCGAAGAUACUCCUGGUUUGUAUACCGCUGAUGAAGUCGCCACUUCUAUUAUUGAUGGCAUAGAGCGAGGUAAGAGCUCUCUUGUUCGCUUGGGACAUCAAAGGUGUCAGGGUCCCGACGAGUUACGGUUGGCGUUAUGGAGUUGUAGCGGUCGUCCUUUCGGCCUACUGGCGCAAUCUCAUUCACAAACAAUCGAGAAAAAAUACAGAGAAUAA